AUAUCCUCGAUCACAUUUUCGUAGCCAUUUUUGGCUCUAGCGACGGUAGCUCAAGCCAGUUCUGCCGCAGUCUCCGUUCUUCGGAUCGCAGGCCCCAGUCAAUCGGACACACAACCCAGCAAUGCCUGCACGCAUGCCGCAUGCCCCCGAGUCCGACUACAUGUUCAAAGUCCUUCUGAUUGGCGACUCCGGCGUUGGCAAGUCGAACCUUCUCCUCCGAUAUGCGGACGAUUUCUACAAGCCUGACUUCGAAUCGACGAUCGGUGUGGACUUCAAAGUGUGUACGCGUACAAUCGAUGGAAAGGUGGCCAAGAUGUACCUUUGGGAUACCGCUGGCCAGGAGCGCUUCCGCACGAUCACCAACAGCUACUACCGUGGGUCUCAUGGCAUCAUCGUCGUGUACGACGUGACCGACCGCGAGUCAUUCAGCCGGGUGCGCAUGUGGAUGCAGGAGAUCGCCAAGUAUGCAUCGCCUUCAACUCAGAAGAUGCUGGUCGGCAACAAGGUGGACCUAGUCUCCAAGCGAGUUGUGGCCACUGACGAAGCCCAGAUGAUGGCAGAAGAAUUGCAGGUGCACUUCCUCGAGACAAGCGCGCGGAACUCGCACAACGUCGAGGGCGCGUUCGAGGUGCUUCUCCGCGAUAUGGUGGCGAGCGCGGCGGAGGCAGAGUCCACGCAGAGCAGGCCUGGCCUUCCGCUGCGGCGCGAGGCCGUUUCGGGGCAGGGUUGCUGCAGCUGAGUUGUUGUUAUUGUUCCACCCAUCAGGGCCCUCCCUGAUCAGGGUGCUCUCAUCGUUGACUUUGUAUCAGGCCAUCGUUUUUGACUCUGGCUUCUUGCAUGUGCCAUGAGGCCCUCGUCUUUGACUUCUCUCGGGGUUACCGCCUCCUGUCGCGCAGUCAUCGCGUCCCGAUAGUGAUAACGCUGUCUGCCGCACGAGGCUUUUUUGGGGGGGUCACACGAAUGGCUCUCAUUACACAUCCUCCGCACUUGCCGCGGCCCCAGUGCAGAUAGGGGCCCGCAGACGACAGAUGCAUGUACAGAACGCUUCUCGGGCUAGAAGUGCGAGGCAGGAACAAAAAUCAUCGAUCACAUUUAGCAAGCUUCGCGCGCACUUCCAAUGAGAAUUCACGACAGUGUCGUGCGUCUAUCAGAAGUGUGUGGAAGUUUGCAUUGAAGCCGACAGCAUCAUUUCACGACCUUCGCAGGAGCAUAUCAAAUAUGAGAUCUCGC